AUGAAGUCUCAACUCGCCUUCUUCAGCAUUCUCCUCGUCUCAGCCAGCGCCCAGCUGCGCCUCGGUGUCCCAGUGGGAUGUGCCGCUCCACCAUGCCCCUGCUUGAGCCCACCUUGCCCGCCUCCGCCUCCACCACCCCCACCACCACCGCCGCCGGUCAUGCAAUGCUGCCCGGUGUGCGAGAUGGCGCCUUGCCCGGUCUACUGCGCCGCCCCACCAUGCGCUCCUCGCCCGAUCCCUGUGAUGUACCAACCCGUUUCGUACUGUUCCGCCCCUCCUUGCCCACCCCCGGCCCCGAUGCCCAUCUACCAGCCCGUGCAGCCGGCACCGAUGUACAGCCCUUGCGCGGCUCCCCCGUGCGGAGGAUACCCGGGAGCGUACCCCGGAAUCGGAGGCGGAGCCUACCCGACUUACCCUGGAAUUGGAGGAGGAGCCUACCCCGGAAUCGGAGGAGGAGCCUAUCCUAGCUACCCUUCGGCCUAUCCGGGCAUCGGUGGAGGUGCUUACCCCACGAUGGGAUACCUUGGAAUCGGAGGUGGUGCUCGUCCGGCCUACUCGCCCUCCUUCUUCUCCCGCGGAGCCUUCAUGUACGGUUCCAACAAGGGAAAAGCACGCACCGAGGCAUCAAAAACCUCUGAGGAAAAGCCCGCCAGCAACGAGGAGACUGAGGAGCAGCCAACUGAGGAGAAGCCAGCAAAC